GGAGAGGGAUACUUGGUUUGGGUGGGAAGCCUGUUACUUUUACGUGGAUCCAUAAGUGAGCAGAGGACACCAGCUCCUGACUUCUGCUUGUUAGGAGGCCCCUUUGCAGGUUAUGGCAGGUUCCUGCUCUGCAGGUUAUGGUAGGUUCUUUGUUAUGGGCUUACCAAAUGCACUGUAGUGUCCCAGCUGCACCUGCUGAAGACAUGCCAUGUUCCCAGGCUCAUGGACAACUUUACGUGUGCUUUAGCUGACAUCUCGUCGGUUCUUUUCCCCUCUACAACCACAUCACCUUUACAGCUGCUGCACCAAGGGAUCAGUGGUGUUCUCUUGAUCCCUGCAGGAAGAGGCUUCCCUGGCUCUGGCAGGGACCCCGUGAGCUGUGUGACCCACAUGGACCAGUGGGGCUGGGUGCUGGGACAUCCCUCUGCUUGUUCCCUGAUGCCAGCACCAUCUCUGCUCAGGUUCUUGGUGCUUGGCAGGGGCACAGGCACCACCCCCUGUGCCAUCGUGGCAGCUUCCUGUCCAGGUGCUCACAGCUCACCUCCUGCUCCAGGGUUGUCUGGAAACGUGGCUGGAGGGAGGGACCUCUGUGGGCACAGCAGGUGCUGGGAGUGCUCCAGUCCCUUCCGCAGGCAGGGGCUCAGCAGAGCUCCGCUCCAGCUCAGAGACACCACUGGCUGCUGCAGCACCGCCGGACUGAGGAGCUGCUCUUGGAAGUCCACGGUGAGGGAUGCCCUAGAACCGUGUUGGGGACACACCAUCGUGGGGCUGUGCCCCGUGGGGACAGCCAUGGCUGGCUCAGCCUUCGGAGCCAUCCUCGCUGUGCUGGCCUCGCUCAUCAUCACUGCCAAUGCGCUGGUGGUCAUCGCUCUCCUCUGCCUCAUCCAGAAAAGAGGCUCCAAGGGGCUCUAUUUUGUCCUCAAUCUCGCCGUUGCGGAUGCCAUGGUUGGCUUCACGGUCACAGGGCUGGUCAUGGAUGAGUUUUCCCAGCCCUUUUAUCCUCCCCAGAUCUUCUGCGUCCUGAGAAUGUCUUUUGUGACAUCCUCUUCUGCUGCCUCUAUCCUAUCCCUGACCCUGAUCGCAUGUGAUAGGCACCUGGCCAUCAGGAAGCCUUUCCACUACUUCCAGCUGAUGACAGGCCUGCGGGUCGGGGUGCAUCUGGCGGGGCUCUGGCUGGUGGCUGCCAUCAUCGGCUUCCUCCCGGUCCUCACCCCAGGCUUUCAGAAGGUCGCCCACCAUGAGAAGUGCUCCAUCUUUGGGGUCUUCCACCCCACCUACAUGCUCACCGUCUUCUGCGUCGGCUUCUUCCCAGCACUCUUCCUCUUUAUUUAUCUCUACUGCGACAUGCUGAAAAUCGCCUCCGUACACGUGCAGCACAUUCAGGAGGUGGAGCAGGCAGGGCUGGCGGGCACUGCCUGCCCCCCGGCCCGCACCACCAGCGACAUGAAGGCCAUGCGCACUGUGGCUGUGCUCAUCGGGUGCUUCACGCUGUCCUGGCUGCCCUUCUUUGUUGCCAGCAUCGUGCAGACUGUCUGCUCCGAGUGCUUCCCCACCAGGGUCAUCGAGAACUACCUCUGGCUGCUGGGGCUGGGCAACUCCCUCCUCAACCCGCUGCUCUACUCUUUCUGGCAGAGGGACGUGCGGCUGCAGCUCUCCCAGCUGGCUGGGGCUGUGAAGAGGAUCCUCCUUCACUCGGGCAACCGCCGCCGAUUCUCCAGCAGAGGCACCAACUCUGUCCCCACUGUGUCCUGCCUGCAGAUCCAGCACUGACAUGGUAAGGAGCAGCUGUCACCAGCUUUCCAGCUCAUCUUCUGCACUGUGACCAUGAACUUGGGGCCUGCUGGCUCUGGAGGAAGUCACAGACCAGGGUGGGACCAAUCUGGAUGCUAAUUCCACAUUGGCGUGGCCAAAUUCCAGCCUGCCACAACAGGGCCUGGUCGGCAUCAGCCCCAGGCAUUGCACAUGUUGGGUUUUGCCUGGAGAGCUCAGCAAGAGCAGCCUGGUGUCUCCCAGGUCCAAGCCCUCAGCACUCAUUCUGCAAGCCAACAUCCUUCGCCCAUUGCUGCCCAGAACUGGCUCCUCCUGCCCUGCCCUCUGCCUGCAGCACCAGCUCUCUGGUAGCAGAGUCUGGGAGGUGUGCUCGUGUCAAGUCUGUCCUGGACCACAAGCACUACCAGUCGCUGCCCAUCCUAAACCAAACUCGGGAUCCUACAGCUGCAGCCUGGGCCAUUCCCCAGCCCUGUCCCCUGCAGGGUGAGGGGUGCGAGUCUGGGCUCUGCCGUGGCACUGAGACCCCGAGGAGGCUCCUGCUGUUCCCCAGCAGCAGCGGUAUCCACAUGGAAGCUGGCAUGGUGAGCAGG